AUGCGACGAGCUAGGCAUAAAGACUUUUCAACGCCUCAUCACCCUCAAGCAAACGAACAAGUUGAGGUAGUGAACAAAACUAUCAAGCACACCCUGAAAAGAAAGCUUAACACCUCAAAGGGGGCUUGGGUGGACGAACUCUCCCACGUCCUCUGGGCCAUCAGAACAUCUAGCCGAAUUACAAUAGGAAAAACACCUUUCUCGAUGACCUACGGAGCCGAGGCUAUGAGCUCGGUCGAGGUCGGGGUCCCAUCACACCAUCGAAUACACUUCAAUGAGAUCAGCAACGACGAGGCUCAGAUAAGCAAACUCCACCUCCUUGAAGAAAGAAGGGAUUCUUCCCAAGGGCGCUUAGUCUUGAAUGCUCAUACUAGGUUAAACAGAUGA